AUGGCUAGCGAAAUCUCGUUGGAGGAGACGAACAAGUUCAGAAUCUCGUUGGGCUUGAAGCCAAUACCUGUUGUAGAGCCUUCCGCCAGGCAGGCUUCAGUUGUAAUUGGUGCAAACGACGAGAAGACAGAUGAGCACCAUGAGGCAUUAAAUAGUAGUGAAAGAGACGAAAUAACGACCGAUGGGCAUGCAAGUAAGCAUUUAAAGCUUGCAUGGCAUAUUGAGCGAGCUAAAGCCAAAUUACGUGCGGGAAAUUUGACAGAUGAGCCUGAUGAGAGUGAAGAUUGGCUUUCGACAAUAAAGAAAACACCAGAGGGUGCACCUGAGGGUAAACCCCCAGGUGCUACGAUCCGCCAGAAGACCAAGAAAUUACUUAGUGGUAGAGAUAAUGCGUUUGAGGAGUUUACUGGUGAAAGUAAAAUUCUUACGCUGAAAGAGAAAGACGUACACGAAAGAAGUGACGAGGAAGAUAUUCUUGUCGACCACACUGAUACCGAGAUGCUUGAACAGUCUGAGGCCAUUCGACUGAAAAGGCUUAAUGCGCAAAGAAGACGGUUUGGAUUAAACCCUGGUGAAUUUGAGCAAAACGCUAAAGGUUUGGCUGAGCAAAGUUUUGAGCUCACGGUCAAAGACGGUGUAAUAAAUAGAAAGCCGACAGCAUCUCGAACUCAACAAAAUUUUGAAGUGCCGGUAGGAAAACGACGGUUGUCGCUGCCUGAAUCUUCUAGUGAGGAUGAAAGUGCCAAGGCAGAUUAUGCCCCUGUCAAGUUCAAAAAACGCAUGAAAAAGGGCAAGAAUAUUAAUUAUAAGCGUGUAAAGGUUCCUAGUGAGCUACCUAAAGUGGAGUUGAUAGACGAGGAUCUUGGUCUAGAGCCUGAAAUAGAAUCAUCAUCCGUCCUUGUCAUACGACCGCAGAAAGCGUUGAGCCCAAAUACAAGACGCUCAGCGGAAGAAAUUGCCGCAGAAAUAGCCAAAGAGGAACGGGAAAGAAAACAACGAGCUCGAGACGUGGCUAAAAGCGGGCAACAGAACUCAGUAUCAAUCGAUGAAAAUCAGACGUUUCUGGAAAGUCUUCGUGGCGACAUAUUGGCCAAGCCCGAGCAAGAUUUCCAGUUCAAGGCUGUAGACAUUUCUGCACCUGCCAUUAGCAAUGCUAUGAGAAAAGUAGAGCAACGAGAUGCGGAUAAGGGCAUGUUUUUGAGUGAAAACGAAGACAACAAAGACAAUGACGACGACUCUAAGCCAAACUUUUACGACGGAAUGGCUGCUACGGUAAAUUUCUUGAAGGAUAGCAAGAUUCUCCCGACAACGACGACGACCGAAAAUCUUACUCAAAAUGGUUCCUCGACCGAUGCAUUGCUGAAGUUGAAGCAACAAAUUGAGGUACGCCGUGUCCAAGAGCGGGUUCGCAAAGACGUCGAGGUUGCUGGUGCUUCCUACACGAAGGAAGAGCUUCGACAGAUAAAAGACUACGAGGACCGUGAAAUCGCUGCGAAAGCAGCCGCUAUACAGCACGAGCGACUUGAGAACUACAACCCAGAAGUGAAGCUAAAAUACACAGACGAUCGCGGUAAUGAAUUGACGACCAAGGAAGCCUACAAGAAACUAUCGCAGGCGUUUCAUGGCACAAAAUCCAAUCGCAAGAAAAGAGAAAAAGCUUCCAAGAAAAUUGACGACAGACGUAAACAGCAAGAAAGUAAUUAUCUAGGUAUUUAA